AUGUUUGCCGACAUACAAAAGACUCCAACACCAGAUGAAAAUAUUCAGCAUAGAAUGGAAGUACUGAAAAAAAAUGUACACAAAUACAACAACCCUUUUUACUUACGAGCAUUUAACGUUCAAUCUUCGGAUGAACUCGGUGAAGAUAAAAGGUUAAAUUUCAAGAAAACAUAUAGAAAUGAAACAUUGUUUAAAGUUCAUUCAGAACCUAGCCAAGAUGGAAACAAACCUACUUUUGUUUCUGCAGACGAUGGAACUACAAUGAGAUGGGGUCAUAAAGCUAACCCGGAUAGGUGGUUCAUAAACUUACAACCUCAAUUCCAAGAAGUUGUAGACGCAAUGGAAGUGAAUGGUGAACCAGAUAUAGCUGGUAUUUUCAGCGCGGCUUUAAUGCCAUUGAAAGAUAUGAAACAUGCAGAUAUUUUGGACCAGUAUGAAAUGAACAUGGCUGAUGGAAAUAUAACACCUGACGUUCUAAAACAUUUAUCUCAAAGAACUACACAGAACCAUAGAGAUGGUAUAUUUGGUGAAGAGUUUAGAAAGAAAGUUAGGGAGGGAGAAGGAAGAGAACCUAUUGUACAUGACCUUGCAAACGAAAGUUUACAAAAUGUCAUAAAAACUUACUUUGCAGACAAUGAACCGAGAAGGGAUGAAUAUUUAAGAAAACUCAAAUGGACAGUACCAAAUGAAAUGUUAGUAUUGAAAAACAUGUUCCUUGACAAAAUAAAACCAACUACAGAAAUAAACGACGCAAGACUGAAAGAUUGGGUAGAAGCUUUCCCAUUCACAAAAGAUAUAGUUGGUAACAUGGAAAGAAAACCAGAAUGGCUACAAAAACAUAUAUUUGGAAACGAGCAUAUUCCAUAUGGACAGGCACUGUUUGAAGAGCUUGAA